AUGCACUUCCGAUGGCUGCUUAGGCAAGGCGCCCUGCCUCUCCUCUCGCUCGCAGCAACUGUCCGAGGUGCCCUGGUUGCGAACCAGACCGACUCGUACCUGCUCAUCGCCAACGACAGACUGACUGCCGCCGUCAACAAGUCAACGGGAUCCAUCAAUUACCUCUAUCUCGAUGGACAGAAUCUCCUCGGCACAACAGCCACGUCCCCUGUCACGCCUGGUGGCUCCACAGGGAACGGCGCCAGCGGCAUUGGACCAUACUUGGAUUGUUACUGCACUCCUAGUGGAUUCUACACGCCAGGAUCUCAAAAUGCCAACUAUACUUUGUACUCGGGUGUCGACUCUUUGAAUGUCUCUUAUGGAGGAAUCUCCAUGAGCCAGGUCUAUGCUCCAACAGGUCAAGUGCUUGAGCAGUACUGGUUCCUCCGGGACGGCGAGACGGGCCUGCACAUGUUCAGCCGCUUCGCCUACCACAACAAGACGAAGCCUUUGUCGGGCGUCUUCCAAGAAUUCCGGACCCUCUUCAGGCCGAACACACCGCUCUGGACAGAGCUGGUCACCGAUUCGGAGAUCCACGGCCCUUCUCCCGUCCCGAACCCUGCAGCAGGCAACUCCUCGCUGGCAUACACUGUGCAGGAUGCGACCUGGUACCUCGGCAACAGGACUGCAGAUCCAUAUGUCGAGGCGUUUUCUGACUACUUCACGAAGUACACCUUCUCGAGCGUGUGGAGGGACCAGAAAGUGCAUGGCAUGUUUGCAGACGGCAAGCACAGCAACGAUGGGUCGACUUUCGGUUCCUGGUUCGUUAUGAACACCAAGGAUACCUACUUCGGAGGCCCGACCUGGUCGGAUCUCGUCGUGGACGGCAUCGUGUACAACUACAUCGUCUCCAACCACCACGGUAACCAGGCACCCAACAUCGUGGACGGGUUCGACCGGACGUUCGGCCCGUCAUACUACUUCUUCAACAAGGGCGAGCCCGGGACUGAGUGGCAGGAUCUGUACAACGAGGCGCUCGAGCUGGCCACUCCGGAGUGGAACGCACAAUUCUACGAUGACAUUGCGCAUCUCGUGCCCAACUACGUGCCCACUUCUGGCCGCGGCUCUUGGAAAGCCACCGUUGAGAUUCCCGAGGGCGGCGAGAACCCGGUCGCGAUAUUGUCGGUCCCGGGCUUCGACUUCCAGGACAACAGCAAUGACACCGAUGCGUACCAGUACUGGGCGGACAUCGAUGGCGAAACGGGCGAGAUCCAGAUCGAUCGAAUCAAGGCUGGCACUUACAGGCUGACCGUGUACGCGAACGGAAUCUUCGGUGACUACGUCCAGGAGGACAUUGUGGUGGAGGCUGGAGAAACCACAGACAGUGGUGUUAUCACUUGGGAAGCCGAAUCGGCUGGCAAGGAGCUCUGGAGGAUAGGCACGCCAGACAAGACCGGCGGCGAGUGGCUCCACGGCGACCACCCCGACCCAGACCACCCCCUCCACCCACCGGAGUAUCGCAUUUACUGGGCCGCAUACGACUACCUGGACGACUUCCCUGAAGGCGUGAACUUCCACGUCGGCACCUCCGACGAAGCCAAGGACCUUAACUACGUCCACUGGUCCGUCUUUGGCGGCUACGCCAACUCUGUGCGCCCGACGCAAGUCGAGGGCGACGGCAAUAUAAACAAUUGGACCGUGACGUUCGACGUGGACGACCAGGCCCUGGCCGGGACGACGGAGGCCGUCUUCACUAUCCAGCUCGCUGGUGCCAAGUCGGCUUCCGGGAAUACGGAUGUCUUCAAUGCGUCGCAGCCGUACGCCAACAUCCCUUACACCGUGGUGAUGAACGGUCACGAGUUGGAGACCUGGACGAUCCCGUAA